CCCUUUGGUGAAGCCAAGAUGAAGUUCACAAUUUUCUUUGCUGGUCUUCUUGGCAUCCUCCUGACUCCUGCCCUUGCUGACUACAAUAUCGACAUCACCGAUAACAAGAACACGGCUGAAAGUGAGCAGCAGUCAGUGAGUGUCAACAGAGAACAUAACGUGGCCAAUAUUGACAAUAAUAAUGGCUUGGACUCCUGGAAUGCAAUCUGGGAUUUCAAUACUGGUUAUGCCGCAGUCAGAGUGUUUCACAAGAAGGCGUGCAUUGUGCACAGGAUGAACAAGGGUGUCAUGCCUUCUCUUCAAGCCCUUGAUGAAAUGGUCAAGAAAAACAAGCUUCAAGGUGAAGGACCAGGGGGACCACCUCCCAAAAGCCUGAUAUACUCACUCAACUCUGAGAAAGUCGAGAACCUGGACAAGUUUGGAAAACCCAUCGUUGGCAUGUGCAAGGGGGUUGCAACAUACAUGGCUGAAGAAAUUCAAGGGGCAACCUUUGCUUUUGCUUUAUCAUUGUGCUUCAGUACUAGUAUACUUGAGCUGAACAUUUCCUUCUGUGGAGGCAUAUCUGGAAAGUAA